AUGGAGGAGGUCAUGGAAGAUAUUGAGGGAGAAGUGCAUAAUCCUUAUCCCUUGGCUGAUCCAACUCAGGUAGAUUUUUGGAAAAUAGUUGGAGAUAGUAAGCUAGAAGAAAGAGCUUCGGCAGAGGAAAUAGGAAAAUUCCAAGAAGAUAUAAGGAAGUAUGGAGCGGUGUUUUCGUCCGACCCCGGCUGUACGUUUUUGGUCGAAAUGUAUAUUAAAUUGUUGGAAGAGACUCCGGUUAAAGUCAGGCCUUACCGAAUGUCGGCGAGACAAACUGACAUCCUAAAAGAGGAAAUUAGGCGGUUGCUUGAGUUAGGAGUCAUAGAAGUCGGGCAAUCUGAUUAUGCUUGGCCUAUGAUCUUAGUAGAGGUCUCAGGUAAAGAUCCUCGUCCUUGUAUAGACUACAGAAAAUUAAAUUAA